GUGCCUCUUCUGCACGCGACUGCGAGCAACACCCGCGCUACCUCCCCUCUUGCGCCAUCCACCCUCUUUCUUUCACUCAUCCCUUUGUUCUUCCCGGUUCCAGGGCCAAAAUGAUUCGCCGCACAGUGGACGACAUCUCGACUGGCUCAGACUCGGACUACUCGAACUCGUGGAUCUCGUGGUUCCUGUCGUCAAAAGGCAACGAAUACUUCUGUGAAGUCGAAGAGGACUACAUCCUCGACCGCUUCAAUCUCACGGCACGCGGUCUCGCAAAAAUGGUGCGCCCACCUCUCCACACCCCGCUUCCAUCCCGCUCAUCGCACGCCCUGCUACAGCUCGAGAAAUACAAGCGAGGCGACUUCGGCCGCUGCCCGCGCGUGCUCUGCCAACAACAGCCGCUCCUCCCCGUCGGGCUCACCGACACGCCGUACGAGAAGUCCGUCAAGCUCUACUGCGGGCGCUGCGAGGACAUCUACUCGCCCAAGUCCUCGCGACAUGGCUCCAUCGACGGCGCAUACUUCGGCACCUCCUUCCCGCACCUCCUCUUCCUCGUCUACCCCGGUCUCAUUCCCCCGAAGAGCGGCGCUGUCGAGUUCGCGCCGCUCACGCGCGGCACGGACGAGGGCAGCAGGCGGAGCAGGAAGAUCAGGGAGGAGGAGCCCCCGGCGGACUUGGGCAGUGAGGGCAUGAGCACGGCGAGCGUCGCGCUCAAGGCGGAUCGGUACCGCCCCCGGAUCUUUGGCUUCCAGGUCAAUGAGAUCGCGAAGCUGAUGAGAUGGCAGGAGGCGGUGAGGGACAGGCAGGUUACGCGGCUUGAGCUGUUGGAGGAGCACGGCUUGAUGUGAGGGAUGACCGGACCUAGGUGCGAUAUGUACGUUUUGACUCCUGUUGUUUGUUCUGUUUGCCCUAGUUGUUCUACUCGAUUGUGAGGUGUAGCUUGAUGGCCGGGUAGCCGUGAUUCGUUCACUUGCAGUCUAGAUACCGCAUUUCAACCGAAGACUCCUUUUGAGUCGCCGAUGUUUACAGUACCAACCGUCUCAAUAUGGCCGGUUCCCCGCACACUGGCAACAAGCGGGA